GGGGCGCAGAAGACACUGAUGCUGAAAAGCUUGAUUCGUCGUUUUUCUUCUUCCCCGUCUUCAUUCACAAAAUCAGGUAAAGCACCUACAAAUAUACGAGAAGAUUCAGUACUGAAGGUGGCCCAGCUUGAAAAAUUCCUUAAAAGAGAUUUUAAAAAAGGUCUGUGUUUGGAGAAGAGGAGUACGGAGGCUAUGGAGUUUCUGAAGAAAAUGGUUGUCUUUGGGGUUAGGCCUAACGAGAUUACGUAUGGAACUUUGAUUAAUGGCUUGUGUCGAACAGGGAACAUGGCUAUUGCCCUUAAAUUACUCAAACAAAUGGCUGAUGGGAAUGGUCAAGGGGUGUUAUCUGCAAGCCUGGCAUUGUUUGUUAUAGUAGUAUUAUUGAUGGUCUUUGUAAAGACGGGCUGAUAGAUAAGGCAAAGGAAUUGUUUUUGGAAAUGAGGGGUAAGGGAAUUAAGCCAAAUGUGGUUGUUUGCACCUCUCUAAUUUAUGGUUGGUGUUUUGUGGUGAGCUCUUGUUUUUUGAGAUGGAAAAUCAUGGAUUGCAGCCUAAUGUGGUAACGUUUACUUCAUUGAUAAGUGGGCUUUGCAAGGUGGGGAAGAUGGAUGAAACUUAUGGAUAUUUUGAAAUGAUUACUCAAAAGGUUUGCAGCCUAAUGUGGUGACCUUUACUACAAUGAUAAAUGGGCUUUGCAUGGUGGGGAAGAUGGAUGAAGCUAAUGGGUUGUUUGAUAUGAUGAUUCAAAAAGGUUUGCAACCUAAUGUGGUGACAUUUACUACAUUGAUAAGUAGGCUUUGCAAGGUAGGGAAGAUGGAGGAAGCUAGUGGGUUGAUGGAAAUGAUGAGUAAAAAAGGUUUGCAGCCUAAUGUGGUGACAUUUAAUACAUUGCUAAAUGGGCUUUGCAAGGUAGGGAAGAUGGAGGAAGCUAGUGGGUUGAUGGAAAAGAUGAGUCAAAAAGGUUUGCAGCCAAAUGUGGUGACAUUUAAUAAAUUGCUAAAUGGGCUUUGCAUGGUAUGGAAGAUGGAUGAAGCUAAUGGGUUGUUUGAAAUGAUGACUCAAGGAGGUUUGCAGCCUGAUGUGGUGACGUUUACUACAUUAAUAAGUGGGCUUUGCAAGGUGGGGGAGAUGGAUGAAGCUUAUGGAUUGUUUGAAAUGAUAACUCAAAAAGGUUUGCAGCCUAAUGCAGUGACAAUUAAUGUAUUGCUAAAUGGGCUUUGCAUGGUGAGGAGGAUGGACGAAGCUAAUGGGUUGUUUGAAAUGAUGACUCAAAGAGGUUUGCAGCCUGAUGUUGUGAUGUUUAAUACAUUGAUAAGUGGACUCUGCAAGGUGGGGAAGAUGGAUGAAGCUUAUGGAUUGUUUGAAAUGAUUGCUCAAAAAGGUUUGCAGCCUGGUGUGGUGACGUUUAAUACAUUGAUAAGUGAGUUUUGCAAGAAGGGGAAGAUGGAGGAAGUUAACCAGUUGUUGGAAUUGAUGAGGGAAAGAGGUUUUGCAACCCGAUAUGGUGAUGUUUCAUACAUUGAUUAAUGGGUUUUGCAGGGUGGGGAAGAUAGAGGAAGGUAAUGGGUUGUUGGGAUUGAUGAUUAAAAGAGGUUUGCGACCAAGCACAUGUACUUGGACCACUUUGAUAGAUGGUUAUUGCUUUAUGGACAGAUUUGAUGAUGCCAGGGAGCUGCUAAUCUCUAUGGAGAGCAAAAAAUGAUAUUCAGAGAGUAUACAUCAUCACACGUCUAUGUAUCACUUUCCUGGUGAGUCUGGUCAGAAAUUCUUUUGGAUUUGCUUCUACAACUUUGCGUUUGUUCUUGUUGCAAUUGAAAUUUUAGUUCCCGUAUCAGGAUGGUUACUCCUUUUCCGAAGACAUGGCGUGCCAUCUGUAGUUGAAGAUGGAUAUCGCACACUUUCAAGCCAAGAGAUUUACUUACCUUGAAUUCAAAAAGGCAACACAAAAUUUUGAGGAAGAGCUACGGUGAAGUUAACAAGGAUGUUUAAGAUGAUGAAAGAGCAAUCUGUAUGAAGAGAUUUGGGGAUACAUAUCUAGGACAAAAAAACAUUUUGGGUUGAAGUCAGUAUAAUUGGAAAAUCUAGGGAUUCAGUUCAGAAGCCAGUCACAGGCUCAUUCAAUGAGUAUAUUGAAAAUUCAUCUCUUGACAAACACUUAAUUCUCACCAUGAGUGGCUAGAAUAGGUUAUUCUUUGUGAUGUGAAACCUGAAAGCAUACACCUAGAGUGUACAUUUGAACCAAGAUAUCAGAUUUUGGCAUAGCCAAAUUGUUCCAGGGUGGCAAACAAACUUGGGAAGUCUCUGGGACUUGCAGUACAAAGGGUUGCUCGGCUCAAGAGAGGCUGUGAUACUUCAUAGCACCUCCACGGUUGAUGUUUGUGGCUACGAAGUGGUGAUUCUUGAAAUGGUGUAAGGAAUUCAGGUUUCAAAUCUGAUGGUAGGGAUGUGAUAAUGAGUAAGAAGUUGAGUUGACAAGAAUUGCCAGGACAGUGAAAAGGAAAAUGCAAUUUGGAGGAUAGAGGAGUGGGUUGAUGAAAAAUUGAAUGGAAAUUUUAGCCGAACCAGGCUGCAAAAUUGAUGGAAAUUGGGAUAUAUUUUGCGGAGGAAGAUAGAAACAAGAGACUGCAGUAGUCCUCUUUCAAAAUGUGAAGUUGAAGCUGAAGUCCAUUGAGUGGACAAUCAGUAGCUACAAAAGCUGUACCGAGCAGUUUUUAUUGUUUUUGGUGUUUUAUGCGGUUGAUUCAACUUCAAAAAAACGGUCUGACAUGAUAGUUCAACUUUGAAUGA